AUGGAGAAGUCAUUAUUAGCAGUCGGUUUAAUGAUGUUGUUGGGAGCCAGCCUCUACUUGAACAACACAUAAGAAGUAUCUGAUGAAAUCGAUACAGCAAAUCUUUAUGCAAAUUGGAAAAUGAAAUAUAACAGAAGAUAUACCAACUAAAGAGAUGAAAUGUACAGAUACAAGGUUUUCACAGACAACCUUAACUACAUCAGAGCUUUCUAUGAAAGUCCAGAAGAAGCCACAUUCACUUUGGAAUUGAAUCAAUUUGCUGAUAUGAGCUAAUAAGAAUUUGCUUAAACCUAUUUGAGCCUCAAAGUUCCAAGAACAGCCAAACUUAAUGCCGCCAAUUCUAACUUCUAAUACAAGGGUGCAGAAGUCGAUUGGACUGACAAUAAGAAGGUUAAGUAUCCAGCUGUUAAGAACUAAGGAUCAUGCGGUUCAUGCUGGGCCUUCUCUGCAGUCGGAGCACUUGAAAUCAACACAGACAUUGAACUCAACAGAAAAUACGAAUUAUCUGAAUAAGAUUUGGUUGACUGCUCAGGACCAUAUGACAAUGAUGGAUGCAAUGGUGGAUGGAUGGAUUCUGCUUUUGAAUAUGUUGCUGACAACGGUUUGGCUGAAGCUAAAGAUUAUCCAUACACUGCUAAAGAUGGAACCUGCAAGACCUCAGUUAAAAGACCAUACACUCACGUCUAAGGAUUCAAGGAUAUUGACUCAUGCGAUGAAUUAGCCUAAACAAUCUAAGAAAGAACAGUCGCUGUUGCCGUCGAUGCCAAUCCAUGGUAAUUCUACAGAAGUGGUGUCCUCUCCAAAUGUACUAAAAACUUAAAUCACGGAGUCGUCCUUGUUGGUGUUUAAGCUGAUGGAGCUUGGAAGAUUAGAAACUCAUGGGGAUCUAGUUGGGGAGAAGCUGGUCACAUCAGACUUGCCGGAGGUGAUACUUGCGGUAUCUGUGCUGCUCCAUCUUUCCCAAUUUUAGGAUGAAGACUUUGAUUAUUCAUACAUCAAUUUACAACAAUAUUAGUUAUUUUUAAACUUAAAUUUUCCUA